AUGGCAUCUCUGACAUCGUCCAGCCGCAGAUCUUCCUCAUCCUACUGCUCAUCGUCACGUUACAGCACCUCCAGCUCCUAUCGGUCAGAAGGUUCAUUAGGUGGAUCAUCAGACUGUUUGGACCCCCUCUUUGAGCCGUUUCUUGACUCUGCUGAUCAUUCCAGUCUAUUUGGAGAAGAGGGUCCCAAGGGACACAGCUGCUUGGCCCCCUUCAGCAGGCAGAACAGAUCGUCCUAUGGGCACACUGCUCCUGUGGGUGGCGCUGUGACAGGCCGUCAGAGCAGUGCAGGCGGCGGGGUGCGUUGUCAGGGAGACAGCUACUUCAUGUCUGCUGACGUCAGCCAGUUUGAGCCACAUGACAUAGUGGUGAUGGCCUACAAACACCAUGUUGUCAUUCAUGCCCAGAAGGUAUUGGAUGAUGGAAGCGUUAGUGACACAUUCACCCAUAAGUCCCUGUUCCCGGAGGAUAUGGACCCCCUGUCGGUCAGUGGGACCUUUAACCCUGAUGGUACCCUGGUAGUGAGCGUCCGUCGGACCACAACGUUGGGUGGGCUGGAGCCCCUGGGUGUAUCCACAUAUCGCAGUGAAGCUCAUCUUUGA